AUGACACGGACACACCGGGCAGGAAGGAUGGCUCUGCGCGGCCGGGAAAUGUUGUGCUUGAUCGGAACCUGCCUCUGGCUGCCGCUGCUGGCGGAGGUGGUGGCUGAGGACAGUUACUUAAACGAGGUGCAGAACUCAGUGCCUCUGUCCUGCUCUGAGGGAUUCACAGAGUUGGGGUACUACAACGGCACAGUGUCCCAGACGGACUCUGGCGCCCCCUGUCUGAAAUGGACCGAGUUUCCGGACUACGUUAUGCAGUACCCUGGCCGAGGGCUGGGCGACCACAGCUACUGCAGGAACCCGGACCGAGAGUCCAACCCCUGGUGUUUCUUCAGACAGAACUCUGGAGCCAUUGGAUGGGCGUACUGCGACUGCCACCAGGGCGCCGCUCGUCUGGUCGGCAGCUUGUUCUCUGGCACCGGGCGGGUUGAGGUGUACCUGAACGGCCAGUGGGGGGCAGUGUGUGACUCCCACUGGUCGGACCGAGACGCCAGCGUGAUCUGCAAGCAGCUGGGUCUGGGUGACAUCGGCACAGCAUUGCAGCACUCGCAGUUCGGCUCGGGCUCCGGCCUCUUUCACUACGAGCGGCUGGGUUGCCGCGGGGAUGAAGACACCCUGAGCAGGUGCCGGAGCAGGACGUUCGUCACCGGUGACUGUAGCCAUGGAAACGAGGCGGCUGUGCUGUGCGCGCCACCAGAAGGCAGUGGUCCUCCGCUGCGUUUGGUCGGAGGCGAGGAAGACUUUGAAGGUCGAGUGGAGGUGUUUCACACUGGAAGGUGGGGCUCGAUCUGCGAUGACCAAUGGGACGACAGAGAUGCUGAGGUGGUGUGCAGGCAGCUGGGUUUUGGGGGCGUAGCGAAGGCCUGGUCAUGGGCUCACUUCGGUCAGGGCUCAGGCCCGAUCCUGCUUGACGCCGUGAAGUGCACAGGAAACGAGCUCUUCCUGGAUCAGUGUCCCCAUGGCGACUGGGAGCAACACAACUGUGACCACAUGGAGGAUGCUGGGGUCUCCUGCAGCCCUUACACUGACGGCGUGGUGCGUCUGGUGGGAGGAGACAGUCCCUGGGAGGGUCGAGUGGAAGUCUUACACAACGGCGACUGGGGGACGGUGUGCGACGACCACUGGAGCCAGCAGCACGCGGAGGUGGUCUGCAGACAGCUGGGCUACAGGGGUCACGCGGAGGUCGUGUCAGACGGCACCUUCGGGGAGGGUGUGGGUCUGAUCCUGCUGGAUGACGUGCACUGUGAGGGAUCAGAGACCUCCCUGCUGGACUGCCCGCACGGGAUCUGGGGGCGGACCGACUGCUCUCACGGCGAGGACGUCGGCGUUCGCUGCCGGGGCCGAUUCGGCCUUGACACCAACGAGGUGCCGGUUAUCUCCCCUUCCACAGGUCCCCUGGUGCGUCUUGUGGGGGGCAGCAGCCGAAAGGAGGGUCGAGUGGAGGUGUAUCUCCAUGGUGACUGGGGGAGUAUCUGCGACUCGGGCUGGAAUGACCUGAACGCAGCUGUGGUGUGCAGACAGCUCGGACACAGUGGUGGAGCCGUGGCAACAGGAGGGUUCGGUCAGGGGAAAGGCCCGAUUCACCUGGACCAGGUGAGGUGCACGGGGAAGGAGGAGUUCCUGGGGGAGUGUCCCACCCUGGGUCAGAGCUUCCAGGGCUGCAGACGCCGGGACGACGCCGGCGUGAGCUGUGACGUCGCACCGCGGGAGUGGCCGGCGCAGCCCAAGCCUCAGGAGCUGAGCUGUGGUCUGAGGAAGCUGGUGGAGGAGGAGAGCAAGAGGAGGAGCCGAGGAGAGGAGAACAUGCUCACGACCACGUGGCCAUGGCAGGUGUCCGUGUGGCUUCAGUCCCAAGAGAAAGAUGGCGGUCCUCUCUGCAGCGGCACCCUGAUCAGCCCCUGCUGGGCGCUGACCUCCGCUCACUGUGUCAGCAGGUUUGGCGGCGACCCCUCCCAGUACGUGGUGCGUGUCGGGGCGUCGAAGCAGACCCUCACGCCGGAGCAGGUGGUCGUUCACCGGAAGUACAAGGGUCAGAGCGGGGGUCAUGACCUGGCUUUGUUGAAGCUGCCCAGCGCCAAGGGUCACUGUCUGACCUUUGACACUGCCACGAACGCGGCUUGCCUUCCUGCUGCUGAUUCGGGAGCAGGAGCAAACAGUCCAUCCUCUUGUGUCGUCAUGGUUACUGCUGGAUGGACAGGACCAGACUCCGUUCUCGCAUCCUGGGUCCCUCUGAUGUCGUCAUGGCAAUGUAAGAAGCGCUAUGGCGACAGUUUCUCCAGCCACGGCACGCUGUGUGCUGGCAGUCCUCCAGACACCAGCCUCCUCCAUGGCAACAGUUGUCAGGGCAACUCCGGAGGCGGGCUGGUGUGCCAACGCGAGACUGGUCGAUGGGUCCUCACCGGGGUCGUUGCCGGGGGUUUCAGCUGUGCUGACCCUUCCUCCCCUGCGCUCUACACUCGAGUCAGCCGCUUCAGGGGCUGGAUCGACGAGGUCAUCAACGUGACGGAGCGUCCGGAGGAGCCGGAGACGCACACACAGACACACACGCAGACACAAGAAGAUCUGACGCACAACGAUGUAACGCACACAACACAUGAAGGACACACACACGGCGAGGGCGACGAUAUAUACCUACACAUGCACGAUCAACAACAGACAAAUGAAAUCGGAGAGAUCAAACAGAAACACACACACACUCAUUCGCACACCGAUAAGCACGGUAACACACACACCAAGAGCUCACACGGCCACCAUGAAGCAGACACAAACACACAAAUCCUGGUCUGA